AUGAUUACCAACGACCCGUUCAAUGACUCUGUAAAAGAGCUGCGUGAGCUUGUUGUGCGAGCAAAGUUCAUUGAGCAGCAGGUGACGCAGAAGGGCGUAAUCUCUCCAUCAAGUGCGACAGAGCUCCGCGACACCAAGGAGAGUGCGGAGGAACUGCUGCAGUUCCUGAAAGAAAUGCUCCGUGUUGUCGACGAGCGCGGUGGAAGGGUGCAGGGCAAAGUGUUUUCUGCUAACGAAAUUAUGGAGCGACAGACUAUUGUACGUAGUCUCGAAAGCGAUGUAGCGGAAGCUCGCAUCUUCUAUGAAAAAAUUGUGGCAUCUGCCGCACAGAGGCAGCGAGUGGCAGAAGCGUCUGUAGCUGGCCCCGGCGAAACCUACGGCGGCGCACCGGACGAGUUUAUAUCCGCGCAGACAUUUGCUCAGCGUGAAGAGGAAAAGGUCCAGGAUGAGGUGCUGGAUCGACUCACCCUCGGACUGCGCGAAUUACGUGAAACAGGCUUUCACAUUCACGAAGAGCUGGACACGCAGGAGAUCAUGCUCGACAACGUUGAUCGCGACAUCUCAAGCGUCCAGGUGCGCCUGCGCGCUGCAAAUGCGAAGGUCGAUAAGCUUCUUGCCAGUAUGUCGAACAAGGGAAAGGUGGGCGUCAUUGCAAUACUGCUUUUCAUUCUUGUCUUACUCGCAUUCUUUGGCCUUAGGUAG